AUGGCAAAGGGUGACUCACCCACGGAUAACUCAAAAUCUCAUGGGAAGGAUUUAAUGAGCCAAAGCUUCAGUUUAGCAGGAUACACUUUAAUUCUCCAAAUUCUUCUUAGAGUUAUUACUUUCGUAACAAACGCUCUGGCAUAUCGCCAUGUUGAUGCCAUUAUUCUUGGUUUAAUAAAUUUUCGCAUCGGCCUUUAUUACUCUACCCUAGUUUUCACAGCUCGGGAGUCUUUUCGUCGUGCCUGUUUAAGUCGAGGUGGUGAAAUUCUCCUCCAACCUUCGGCCACAGAUAUUCGCUUAAAAUGGCGAGCACUUCUGAACGUGAUGUGGCUUCCUGUCCCAGUUGGGGUUCUAUUGUCAUUUGGUCUCCUUCCGAUUUGGCUAUUCGUUCUGUCUUCACCCACUUCGGAUAAUCUAAAUUAUGAUCUUGAAUAUCAAUAUAAGGUUUCAUGUGUGCUCUAUACACUCUCUGCUUUUUUGGAAUUGUCAACUGAACCACUAUGGCUUGUUUGUCAACUUGGAAUGUUUGUCCGUGUUCGAAUUGUGCUUGAGGCAAUCGCAAACAUCGCUCGAGCAACUGGAAUCAUAUUUGCGCUGUGGUUUGGCGAUGGUUCCACCCAUGGACUUUACCUUUUAGCUUGUCCACAGCUUUUACAUGGAUUAACACUUGUCUUAGGUUACAUCCUCUUUUCAACUUGGUUAACGAGAACUUCGUCCCUCGAUAAAGAUCUUCCAUUUGCCAAAAUUGCUCCCAAAAACAUACAAGACCUGCUACCGUCUUUUCAAGGUUCACUUGAUUGGUCCUGUCUUGUUCUCUCUUGGAAUUUCUUUCGCCAAGGUCUUUUGAAGCAAUUUCUUACUGAGGGAGAACGCUAUCUCAUUAGUGCUUUCCAUCUGCUCAGUUUUGCUGACCAAGGCAUUUACGAUCUUGUGAACAAUUUGGGAUCAUUGGCUCCAAGACUUGUUUUCAGUCCUAUAGAAGAGAGUUGUCAUCUACUUUUCUCUCAAUGUAUCCAACGCGAUGUCCCUCCAAAAUCACAGAGUGAGCGAUAUCUUCAGGAGGCCAUGAAGAUGCUGAGCACAAGCCUCCGUUUGCUCACUCUUAUUGGUUGGGUUGGAUGUGUUUUCGCACAAGCGUACUCCUAUCUCCUGCUCUACCUCUAUGGUGGGUUGCGACUUGUCACCGAUAAUCCUGAGGUGGUCAAUCUCCUUCGAAUUUACGCUCUGUAUCUUGUUCUCCUUGCCUGGAAUGGACCUACUGAGGCUUUUCUUAACGCGGCUAUGACAACUGGUGAUGUAAGCCGACACAAUUUCCGGCUGACGACAUUCUCCGUCAUAUUUUUGGGUGCCGCUUGGCUCUUGGUCUCGCUUUGUGGGUCCAAUUAUCUACAGGUUUGCGUCUUCUCCCUUUAUUAA